AUGAGUGAGUAUCACAUGGAUCUGGGGCUUCUUUGCGUGACGAACAGCUCUCUGAUUAGUGGACCGCAGCGGAGCGAGGGAGACCUCCACCAGUCCACCCUUGAAGCCAUGAAGGUACUUCUGAAGGAGUGUUGUGAGUUACCGACGGCAACAAAGAGAGGAAAGUUUGACGGAUCUACGACUCUGCUGAAACUUCCACAGCCCGUUAUGCAACUCCCUCGUGAGAAGGCACCACCAAAGCCGAAACCGCCCACAGCAUGGGAAAAGUUUGCCAUGAAAAAGGGAAUUGCACUCAACCGUAAGAAGACGAACCGUGUCUUUGAUGAGGAGCGUCAGGUGUGGAAGGACAAGUGGGGCAAACGCGCCCGUGAGGAGAAGGAAAAGUACGACUGGUUAAGAGAGGUGGGGCCCAACUACGUCCCGCAGGAGGAGGGUGGCGAUCCAUUCUUGGACGAACGUAGGGUGAAGAAGGAGAGACUUGAGAAACAAAAGAAGAAAGAGGAACACAAUAAGCGCCGCUCGGAACACAUUUCUCGUGCACAGGAAGAGGUGAAGCACCUCACCGCUGCCGCAAAGCAUCUGGCAACCGCCUCAAACGGCAAGUUCGACAAGGUGUCGCUCAGGAAGAAGGGUAAAAAGUAA